AUGGGGAAUAAGGUUGAUCCCGUGCAUCAAACAACUCAGGAGGCCAAUAUUUUGGGUUCGGAACCUGUUCAUGAUAAUACCCAAAAAGAAGUACCUCUGCUGAACCAUGAUGGACAGCAAGGGCAGAAGGCUGAGACAAAGACACCAGGAAAACUCAGGCAAAUAUUUGCUUGUCCUCCGCAAGGCAUUGUUGCCACAAUAGUAACAAAUGUGGUAGCAGUAGCACUGGUCUGGGCCGUGAUCUGGUCUAUUACAGGUCGUGAGAGUCUUCCUGGUGGAAACAUCUUCGGAAUGUUAGUCCUCUAUUGUUGUUCUGUAAGUGGAGGUCAACUUGUAGCGCUACUUAAAAUACCUCGUCUACCUCCACUCCCUCGCCUUCUUGGGAUGUUGAUGGCUGGAUUUCUCAUCAGAAAUAUCCCAUUCACCAGUGAGGUUGUCCAUAUCAAUGUGAAAUGGGGAGCUACCCUGAGAAAUAUUGCCCUUUCAAUUAUUUUGGCCCUUGCUGGUCUUGGCCUUGACUCAAAGGCUCUGAAUAAGUUAAAAGGUGUCUGUUUCAGACUAAGCUUGGGGCCCUGCAUCAUUGAAGCAUGCUCAGCCGCUGUCUUGUCUCACUUUAUCAUGCAGCUGCCAUGGGAAUGGGGGUUUAUGUUAGGAUUUGUUCUAGGUGCCGUAUCUCCUGCCAUUGUCGUUCUUUCAAUGCUGAUGUUACAAGCCAGAGGAUAUGGUGUUGACAAAGGCAUCCCAACCUUGCUAAUAGCUGCUGGCAGCCUGGAUGAUAUCGUGGCAAUCACAGGCUUCAACACCUUCUUAGGCAUAGCCUUUUCCACAGGCUCCACGUUUAAUAAUCUCCUCCGUGGUGUAAUGGAAGUUGCAAUCGGUGCAGGUGCUGGUGGUCUUCUAGGAAUAUUUAUUUGGUACUUUCCGAGCAAGGAUCAGGCAUACGUUGUAUGGAAAAGAGCAUUCUUUGUGCUGGGCCUCUCUGUGUUUACUCUUUUGGGCAGCAAGUAUUUUGGCUUCCCUGGAUCUGGAGGGCUCUGCACAAUUGUCUUGGCAUUUCUGGGUGGGAUGGCAUGGUCUGAUGAGAAGAAAGCAGUGGAAGAAAUGGUUGCAGUUGCCUGGCAUGUGUUUCAGCCCUUUCUGUUUGGUUUAAUUGGAGCUGAAAUAUCUGUUGCCUCUCUCGAAGCUAAGAUGGUUGGACUCUGUUUGGCCACCCUGGCUUUGUCUUUAAUUAUACGAGUUACUGCUACAUUUCUGCUGUUGAUUGCCUGUGGCUUUGAUUUGAAGGAGAAAAUAUUUAUUGCACUGGCAUGGAUCCCCAAAGCAACUGUACAGGCCGCAAUUGGUUCUGUUGCCUUAGAUACAGCACGAGUUCACCAAGAUGACAAGCUAGAACAAUAUGGCCUGAAUAUCUUGACAAUCGCUUUCCUGGCAAUCCUGAUCACAGCUCCAGCUGGAGCUCUCAUAAUUGGCCUGGCAGGCCCCCGACUUCUCCACAAGACUGUUAUAAGCAGUGAAGAAGAUGAGAGAGGAAAAGAAGGGCAAAGAACUUCACCAAUAUAA